AUUCGAAUUCCUUGACAAGUUCGGGGGUGGUAAAAUAAACUUAUUCCUAGUAUAAAUGCAUAUCUUUUAUAGCCUGUUUGGAAGGAUUUCUUCCAAGACAAUUUCACCGUUAAAGUCAAAACCAAGGAAAUAAAAAAAAACUAGUUUCACUAGGUUAUAAUUUUUGCCUCAGUUUAUUUUUGCUAAAUAACUUUUUUUUUCCUUGCCUUCUUGGAGGCCUGGCAAAACAUUAACUAGUCUCCAAGGUUGUUGAUCGAUGGGCUCUCGGCUCAAUGGAAGGAAAGCUAAACCUCUCCCCGGCGGCGGGCGAUAUGAUUACCUAAUCCAGUGAUUCCAGUCUCCCUCUUGUUUCCAGACGGCCGGCCGGCCGCCGGCGCCACCGUACGCAUUACGCAAUGGCGUUCAUCUCCGACGCCGGCGGGCCUCCCGAGCAAGAACAAGAAGCCGCCUCUCCCUCGCCGCCACAAUCCGCCCCCCGCCUUAUCCUAUCGUCCAGCCCCAUCCCUGAACCUCGAGCUUCUUCCCCUAACCGAUCCGUCGCCUCCGCCGUCAAUGCCGCCGCCGCCGGCGCCGCCUCCGGUCGCUCCUGGAGCAGCGACCACGGCGGGUGGCCCGGCGCCGUCUUCGGCGCCUUCCUGUCGUGGGUCUUCCGAGCCGGCGCCGCGCGCGCGGACGACGGGAAGAAGAAGCCGGCGUCGUCGUCGGACCAGGACGCGCGCCGGCUAACCCCUGCUGCCAGCGCUCCGUUCUCCGGGCACGGCGGGGCGGCGCCGGCGAAGCACCGGCACAAGGUCAUCCCCGUCGACCGGUUCAGGUGCGUCAACAUGGGGGUGGCGGCGCAGCCCCACGGCGACGAGGCAGACCUCCGCGAGGAGGACAUGUCGGGGUGGGAGAGGUUCCAGCGCCACCUGCGGCGGGAGCGCGAGCACCAGCAGCGCGUCGGCGGCGCCCGGCCGUGCAUCCUGCCGGAGGCCGUGCGGCAGGAGCUGGAGGCGGUGGUGAGGGGCCACGGCGGCGGGGCGAGCCCCGGGCUUCUGCGGUGGGUCGCCGACCGCGUCGGGCGGUGGUACCACGGCGAGGGCUUCGCGUGCGCGCGGGUGGUCCGCUACCGGAACCCCGGCUCCGGCGAGCUCGCCUGCGAGGUGCAGGAGGGGGACAUCACCGGGGUGGAGUACCGGUUCGUGGACGAGCUCGGCAACGCCGUCGACGGCCACACCCGCAUCCCUGUCAUCGAGAGGGAGUUGCCCCAGCAGCUUAGGCCUGGACAUAUCUACAACAUUGGAGCAGCUGAACAAGCUGUGAAGCAUCUCAAGUCGCUAGGAUUAUUCUUCAGUGCCGAACUGAUUCCUCGCCCUGACAAGACGAAAGAAGGCGGUGUAGUUGUUGAAUUUCAGCUCAGGGAGCUAGAACCAAGGUCGGCAGGAGUAAACACAAAUUGGAGCAUAGUGCCUGGGGAUCAAGGGCGGCCAACUCUUGCAUCCAUUAAACCUGGAGGAACCUUGUCAUUUGGGCACCGCAAUAUCUCUGGUUUAAACAGGUCUCUGGCUGGUUCUGUUACAGCCAGGAACCUACUCAACCCAAAGGAUGAUCUCUCCUUCAAUUUUGAGUAUGAGCAUCCUUAUCUUGAUGGUGUGGAGAACCGUAGUAGAAACCGCACCUUCAAAACUAGCUUUUUCAACACCAGGAAAUUGAGUCCCGUCUUUGUUGCUGGCCCCAGCAUGGAACCAGUUCCUCCAUUAUGGAUUGACAGAGUUGGAUUUAAAGCAAAUAUAACAGAGAAAUUCACACAGCAGAGCAAAUUCACAUAUGGCCUAGUGCUGGAAGAGAUCACGGCACGCGAUGAAAAUAACAAUAUACGCACACAUGGUUCGCGAGUACUGCCUACUGGCAGGUUGAGCAUGGACGGGCCUCCCACAACAUUCAGUGGUACAGGCGUAGAUCGAAUGGCGUUUCUACAAGCUAACAUGACUCGAGACAACACAGAGUUUGUAAAUGGUGCAACAGUUGGCGACAGAUGUAUAUUCCAGGUUGACCAAGGUCUGGGCAUUGGGAGCAAAAAUCCGUUCUUCAACCGUCAUCAGCUUUCAGUGACAAAGUUCAUCAAAUUGAAUAACCAGGAGAAAGGUGCCGGCAAGCCACCUCCGGCUGUCUUGGCUCUUCAUGGUCGUUAUGCAGGUUGUGCAGGAGAUCUGCCAAGCUAUGAUGCAUUUGCACUCGGAGGUCCUUAUUCAGUUAGGGGCUAUGAAAUGGGGGAACUCGGCGCAGCCAGGAAUCUCCUUGAGGUUGCCACCGAGCUACGCGUUCCUGUCAGUGUGAUGGACAAACAGGCACAGGUUUACGCAUUUGCUGAGCAUGGCACUGACCUCGGUAGCUCCAAGGAUGUGGAAGGGAACCCCACAGAGUUCUUCCAGCGCGCCGGCCGUGGGUCCUCCUACGGCCUUGGCAUCAAGUUUGGCAUGAUAAGGGCGGAGUUCACCAUGGAUCACAAUGUUGGUACUGGAUCCUUCUCCUUGAGAUUUGGCGAGAGAUUCUGAAUGAUGUGUCUCGUCCCAGCAUCCGACGGUCUGCGAAGUCCUGUAAGUUUUGAAGGCGUAGUAGUGGUGAUAAAUCUUGUAGCAAACGAUGCUUUGCGUGUUUGAUUAGCUGGGUACAAGUAGAGAGUUGGAAUUAUCGCCAUGUUUUUUUUUGUUAGUAUGCUAAGCCGCACAAUAAAACGAGUUUCUCGGUCGCUAUCAUCCUUGUUCUUGUAUGUUAAUAAAUUUGUGUGAAUAUGGUUUCUAAAUGGCUUGGUUCUCUCUACCCAGAAAGAGUA